AUGUCUGGACACUCGAAAGCCUGCUGCACUGUGCCGCCAGCGCCAGAACCAGAUUACAAGCCACAAGGUGACUACACCAAGCUCAAUGGCUUGAAGACAUACGUUACCGGGCCCAAGGACGCAGACAAAGCCAUUCUGGUGCUUUACGACAUCUUUGGUUUCAAGAACCAGAUUCUGCAAGGCGCCGACCUCCUCGCUUGGAGCGACAAGGACAGCACUUACCAGGUCUUCAUGCCCGACUUCUUCCAGGAGUCUGGUCCGGCAGACAUCGCUUGGUACCCGCCUGACACGGAUGAGAAGCAAGCCAAGCUUGGCGAGUGGUUUGGGAACGCUGCGCCCCCAAAGCAUCUGCCAAAGGUUGCUUCUAUCAUCGAGGAUGCAGAGAAGGAGAACUCCAACAUCAAAUCCUGGGGCAUGAUCGGUUACUGCUGGGGCGGCAAGAUGGUCUCUCUGAUCAGCGGCAAGGAGGGCACAAAGUUCAAGGCUGGCGUGCAAACAUCUCCGGCUCUGGUCGAUGUAUCUGAGGCACCCAAGGUCAAGAUUCCGAUGUGCGUUCUGCCGUCCAAGGAGGAACCAAAGGACGACUGGAACAAGUAUAACGAAGGCUUGACGGUGCCGAAGCACUUCGAAUGGUUCGACACUGUACCGCACGGCUUCAUGAGUGCUCGCUGCGACGUCAACGAUCCCGAGCACAAGAAGCAGUAUGAGCGUGGUUACAAGAUUGCCGUGGACUUCUUCAACAAGCACUUGUAA